CACCCACUUGCCUCCCUCCUGCCUCCGUCAACAUGGCCAGCAUGAAUGAGCCUGGUUCAACCACGACAUCAUCAACCACCCACCAAAGCCAAGCUGAAGCCAGCACAACCUCGUCGAUGCCCGAUAUCACCCAGCUCUCGCUCGAACACAACCCAGAUAUCUUCACCAUCAUCUGCUGCAACGACACCUUCCAGCUUGCCCUCGACCACAACACCAUCAAGAUCCUCCUCCGAGUGUAUGGGCGGCUACGGAUCGGCCUCACCCCCGGCGACCAAAUCGCCCUCUCGCUGCAUUGCGCGAAUCCAGGCUCAGCCGACCGAUCCUGGCUGGAAGAUCAAGCAUACCAGGGCAAUGCAUCGGCCUCGUAUUUCCUGGCACGGAUCCUCCAAGUCGAUCUCGACAGGGAAGCAGUCGAUGACGAUGAACCUGAAGAGAAUAACAAGCGUCAGCAGCUCAUCCAAUACCUGAAUGACGCAGCCCACACAAACCACGCAAUGGCUCAGUUCCACCUAGCCGGAUGUUAUCUCAACGGACUUGGAGUCGACCAAGAUCAAGCCAAGGCUGUCGAGUUGUAUCGCAGUCUUGCAAAACGCGGAAUCCCUCAGGCUCAUAUUGCCCUUGGUCGAUGCUACGAAAGUGGCGAAGGUGUCGAACAAGACUACGACACAGCCAUCGAGUGGUACUCAAAGGCUCCCGACAAGGGCAGCGAAGACGGUCGACUCCAUAUCGUGUUCCUCCGUGGCUGGCUCUCGUUCAUCGGCCAUGGUGUCGAACAGAGCGAUGUCGCUGCUCUUGGUCACUGGCAGGAGGUCAGCACCAAGUCUACCGAUCCGAUCAUCAAACCCAUCGCCACCCACAUGGUCGGAUGGAUGCACUACCUCGGCCGGGGCACCGUUCAAGACAAGCAGAAUGGUGUCAAGAUCAUCCGAGAGAACAAGUCGGAUGUGUUCAAGCUCGGAGAGGACGAGUGUCUGGCAUAUUGGAGUUCAACCUCAUCCGACUCACCCGUAGCCUGCAAAUUCUUCAAUCUCUGCCAGAUGGGAUCCGACAGAGACUGGCUUUGCAGGCACUUGAUGGCCGUGUGUCUGUUCCAUGGAUUCGGAACCAUGCAAGACCGGAUGGAGGCAGCCAGUAUCUUUGAGCAACUCGCCAACGAAGGCCACAGCGACAGCCAGUACUGGAUCGGUGAUUGCUACUUGAAUGGUCGUGGUGUAUCGAAAGACAACAAGCAGGCAUUCGAGUGGUACAACAAGUCGGCCGACCAAGACAACUCGUACGGGCAGUGGACGGUUGGUUGGUGCUACGACAAUGGACAUGGAGUCGCGCAGGACCAUCUGAAAGUUGUCGAGUGGUAUCGCAAGUCGGCUGAGCAGGGCAAUCGAUACGCACAAAAUUACCUCGGUGAAUGUUACCAAUAUGGAGACGGCGUCCCAGAGAAUAUCGACACCGCCAUCACCUGGUUCCGCAAGUCCGCCGAACAAGGUCAUCAAAGCGCCAUCGAUAGACUCAAGAAACUCGGCCAAUGGCCCUGA